AUGAAUAUCGAUGUGAUUUUUGUGAUGGGUGUAAGCGGAUGUGGUAAAACUACUGUUGGCCAUCAGUUGGCUGCUUACCUCGAGUGGAACUACAAAGAUGGAGAUGACUUUCAUUCCGAGGCUAACGUAGCGAAGAUGAGCGCAGGCAUACCCCUCACCGAUGACGAUCGACGACCGUGGCUUCGAGCGAUUAAUACGUACUGUAGAUCGCAUCAGAAAAUCGUGGUGGGAUGUUCUGCGCUGAAGAAACAGUAUCGUGACAUUUUAAAGAGUGACAUUAGAUGUAGAUACGUGUUUCUGGAUGUGAGUAGAAAAGUUCUGGAAGAGCGUCUUAAGAGCAGAAAAGGCCAUUACAUGCCCGUAACGCUUCUGGACAGUCAGCUGGCGACGUUGCAGCGACCUGAUGAGGAGGAAGAUGUCAUUCGAGUAUGUAUCGAGGAUAAAGUUCCUGUUGACCUCAUUGAGAUCGUUGUGAAACGAUUAAACGAGAAAUUUUGA